AUGGCACUCCGGGCUGUGCAGCAGAGUCUGAUUCGAAGCAGAUUCAUGCAUCCUCGGGUCUCAGAAACUUUGUUAGCUGCUGCUGCAGUCGCACCAGAGGGUGGGAAGCUCUGGACCUCGCCCAGGAGGAUGGCUUUCGACAAUGCCAUCACUGAAGCAGAGAUCGGUCUUCUGAACGGGGCCGCUCAGAGGGCCUUCUCUUCGGGUUUGUUCUCAGCCGGUACAGCCGACUGCUCCUUGGCUCCUUUGGCCUCCGGCGCAGCGGACGAGGCACUCCUUGGGCUUGCGGUCCAGGAGCUAGUGGCCUGCCUUGCCGAGCGGUUUCUGCAGCGAGCAGUCUCCGCAGGCUUCUCCGUCCACCUCUCCGAGGCGUCUGACGGGGACUUGAAGCUGGCAGAUUCCUUGCUGGCCAAGCUGAGCCCCCCUUCAAGGAAGGACCUUGAAGAGAACCCACUCGGGGCAGAGCAGGCUUAUGGCUAUUGGGCGCCUCAUAUUGACAAGGCCAACGUGCCCGACUACGACGUCAGCGCCAUCCUCUACCUCUCGACCAUGGGCGAGCAGUUUUCCGGGGGGGCCUUCGCCUUUAACGACGCUGAUGCGGACAGGCUCAUCGAGCCCAAGAUGGGGAGACUUCUGCUGUUUGACUCAGGCCCCACCAACUUGCACCAAGUCUACCCAGUGCUUGCUGGGACUCGCUUGGCGCUCUCGAUUUGGUUCAGCCGUUCACCGACCAAAGACACCACCAAUUGCCCUGCACCAACCCCGACCAUCCUUCGCUGCACGAUAAACUGGUUCAGAGAAUGGCCGGCAGAGGCAUUGUCCUCUGUCGCGCAGCAGCAACUGACGGUGAACCAGGUGCAGCUUCCUAACUUCGAGGGCUCCGUGAAGCUCUUCCAGGUGAUGCAUCUGAGCGUGGAGCAAGCCUCCAAGAAGUUCUUGGAGCAGAACAAGCGACACGUCUACAACACGCCGACCAGCUACCUUGAGCUCCUCUCCAGCUUCAUAUCGGUGCUGGCCAUGAAGCGGAAGCAGGUGGGCACGCAGCAGAAGAGAUACAAGGUUGGCUUGGAGAAGAUCGGGGAUGCCGAGGAGCAGGUCAGUGGCUUGCAGCAGAUGCUGGUGGAGAAGAAGCCGAAGCUCGAACAGACGCAGAAGAUGGUCGAAGAGAUGAUGAAGGUCAUUGAAGUGGACAAGGCCGCCGCUCAAGAGGUGUCCACGAAGGUGGCGAAGGAGGAGGCAGAGGCCAAGAACAAGGCUCAAGCGACCCAGAACAUCAAGGACGAUGCUCAGAAGGACUUGGACGAAGCUUUGCCAGCUCUGGAUACUGCGGUGGCAUGCUUGAAGAAGCUCAAGGCCGACCACAUUCGCGAGGUCAAGGUGCUGCCGAAUCCACCAGCGGGAGUACGGCUGGCCACCGAGGCGGUUUGCGUCAUGUUUCAGCUCAAGCCUGUGAAGAAGAACGAUCCAAACACACCCGGCAAAAAGAUUGACGACUACUGGGAGACCAGCCAGAAGGAGAUCUUGAAUGAUCCCAAGGCGUUGCUGGAUCGCCUUUUCAACUUCGACAAGGACGACGGGCAUUGCUAA